AUGCAAGCGCUGUGCACGACGGCGGCGAGCUUGGGCGGCGCGGCGCGGCGGCCGGGCGCGCUGGUGUGCGCGGCGCGGCCGGGCCCCACGCUGCGCUCGGCGCUGCGCGCGCUGCCCCGGCGGCGCCGCCUGGCGCCGCCGCCGGCCUGCUCCUCCUCAGAGGGCGGGCGGCGCCAGCAGAUCCAGCAGUCGCAGGCCGAGUCGCGGCGCGGCGGCGGCAGGAACAUGGAGCAGGCGCAGCAGAAGCUGGAGGCGCUGCGGCACGAGGCCGAGGCGGCCAAGCUGCUGCGUGUGGAGCUGGAGGCCAGGACGGAGGCCAUGGAGGUACUGCAGAAGCAGCUGGAGAACCUGGAGGCGCUGCGGCGGUCGGAGCAGGCGGCGGCGGCAGCGCGGUACCGCGAGUUUGAGGAGGCGCUGUCCCUGGCGGAAAGCAACAUGGAGGGGCUGACCGCCGACGAGCAGGUGGCGGUGCUGGAGGCUCGCCUGGCGGAGAAGCAGAGCGAGCUGGCAGCUGCCCACCAGCUUCUGCACGAGGUGGCGGCCCGCGGCGACGCCGCCAGCGCCACCAGCCGCCUGGCGCAGGAGGCGGAGGCGCUCCGCAGCCUGCUGGCGGAGCAGCAGGAGGCUUUGGACCUGGCAGCCGCGGCCGCAGAGGAAGCUGAGUCUGCCCGGGGAAGCCUGGAGCAACAGGCCGAGCUGCUGAGGGAUCAGGUGUCGCUGCUGAAGCAGCAGGUGCAGCAGCGGGAGGAGCAGGCGGACGAGCUGGCCCGCAGGCUGCAGGAGCAGGGCUCCCAGGCGGCUGUGGCCGCGGCCGAGGGCGGGCGCGCCGCCGAGGCCGAGGCCGAGGCCGCGGCCGCGCGCGAGGAGGCGGCGGUGCUCGGCCGGCAGCUGCAGCAGCGCGAGGGGCAGGUGGCGGAUUUGCAGGCGCGGCUGGCCGAUGGGCGGGCCGCCGAGGCGGAGGCUGCCUCUUUGCGGCAGCAGCUGCAGCAGCGGGAGGGGCAGCUGCGGGAUGUGGAGCGGCGGCUGCAGGAGCUGGAGGGGCAGCUGGCUCGGGAGCAGACCGGCCGCGCCGCCGACGUGCGUGCGGCCGCCGAUGCCCAGGAGCAGGCCGCGCAGCUGCUGCAGCAUGUGGCAGACUUGGAGGCUCGGCUGGCGAGUGGCCGCGCCGCCGAGGGCGAGGCCGCCUCCCUGCGCCACCAGCUGCAGCAGCGCGAGGCGCAGUUGCGUGCCGUGGAGCAGCAGCUGGCCGGCGCGGCCGGCGCCGAGGCGGAGGCCGCGACGCUGCGGCGGGAGCUGCAGCAGCGCGAGGGGCAGCUGCUGGCGCUGGAGCAGCAGCUGCGGGAGGCGCGGGCGCAGGCCGCGGCCGCCGCCGCGGCGCCGCCGACGCCCGCGCGCCGCGGCGGCGGCUCGUACGCUGCCGAGGCGGCCGCCGCCGAGGCGGCCGAGGCGCAGCGGCAGGUGGCGGCGCUGCAGCGGGAGGUGGCGGCUCUGGAGGCGGAGCUUGAGGAGCAGAAGGGGCUGCUGGCUCAGGAGCAGGAUGAGCGCAAUGCUGAGGUGGCAGAGGCGACCGCCCGCAUGCAGCAGCUGCGGCAGGCGGUGGCGGCAGAGGCGGAGGCGGCGGCGGCGGUACUGGACAAGGCCGAGACGGCGGCGCGCAUGCUGGGAGAGCAGCUGCUGGCGGUCAUGCAGUCGCGGCAGGCGGCGGCGGCGGAGGAGGAGGAGGAGGGUGGCGGCAGCGAGGAGGAGGGCGGCCAGGGGUCAGAGGCCGCCGCGCUGGGCGCGCUGUCGCAGGCCGACGCGGAUGCCCUGCUGGAUGAGCUCGACUUCCUGCAGCAGCAGCUCCUCAAGCAGCAGGCGACGGUCGACGAUGCGCUGACGCGGGCGCAGGCGGCGGAGGCUGAGGCUAGUGAGCUUCGGGAGAAGUCUCUGGGCGGGGUCAGGGCGGCGGCCGCCACGCCGCCGCCGCCGCCCGGCCCCAGCCCCGCGCUGGAGCGGGAGCUGGCUGCGGCCGCCGCUGCGGCUGCCCAGGCUGAGGCUGAGGCCGAGGCCCUGGUAGUACAGAACCAGGGUUUGAAGGAGGAGGUGCAGCGGCUGAGGGAGGAGGUGGCGGCACAGGCGGCGGCGCCCGCAGGGGCCGCUGCCGGCGGCGCCAGCGCGGCCCAGCUGGCGGCGGCGCUGGAGCGCGUGCAGGCGCUGGAGCGGCAGAACGGGGAGCUGCGGGACGCCGCCUCCAAGAAGGAUGCCGUGCUGGCAGAGAGCAGGAAAUUCAUCGAGAGCUACCUGCAGCGCUCGGCCACCGCCACGGAGCAGCGGCAGGAGACGGUGCGCGGCGCCGCACCCGCGGCCGCCGCAGCGGGGCCGGCCUCCAAUGGCUCCGUCAAGCCGCCCAACGGCGCGUACCGCCCGCCCAACGGCGCCGUGCAGCCGCAGCCGGGGGCCGGCCGCGGCUGA